AUGGCUUUCUUCAGGAACUUUUCAAAUGAUACCGUCUCACAUGGUGUCAUGGAAGAUAAAAGCCAAGGACAGAAUGCUAAUAGAACUCAUAGAUCAGUAGGUAAUGAAUGUACUGAUGCAAUUUCUAGCGAGAAAGAAUUUGAUAUGAACAUGGAAGCACAGUAUGAGAGUGAUGGCGAACCAGAUGGUUCCAGUAGACUACAAACUGAGGCAACAGUUGAUGAUGGAGAUGCUGUGAAAGAAUCAAACUUGCAGACUGCUGGUAGUAAAACAGCUAUGAUGGGAAGGUGGGGUACAACUUUUUGGAAGGACUGCGGGCAAAUGGGCCCUCAAAAUGGUUCCGAAUCUGGGCAGGAAUCAAAAAGUGGAUCAGAUUAUAGAAAUGCGGAUGGGUCUGAAGAUAAUUCAUUGGAUGGAAGAGCAGGAAGAUUAGACUCAGAUGAUGAUGAUGGUCAAAAGGAGGCAGGAAAAGGUCCAAGAGGUCACUCUGAUGUACCUGCUGAAGAGAUGUUGUCUGAUGAGUAUUAUGAGCAGGAUGGGGAAGAGCAAAGUGAUUCACUGCAUUACGGUGGGAUCAAAAGGCCUACUGAAUCAAAUUCAUGGCCGCAACGGAUUUCAACCACUGCAAAUAGAACCUUGCACAGGAAUUCAAGGUUUUCUGAUGAUGCUGAAGAAGAUGAUGACGGAGAUAACGAUAAUGAUGGUGAUGAUGCUGAUUAUGAAGAAGAGGAUGAAGCAGAUGAAGAUGAUCCUGAUGAUGCAGACUUUGAGCCCACCACAAGUGGUCAUACUGGAAAUAAGGAUAAAGAUUGGGAAGGUGAAGGCUCAGAUGAAGAUGAUGACAGUGAUGAAAAUAUAGUUAUCUCAGAUGAUGAUGAAUCUUUCUAUGCUAAACGGCCUAAAGGAAGGCAAAGAGCUAAGAUUGGACAAAACAUAAAAUCUACUAGAGAUCGCAAAGUGUAUGCUGCAUCUGGUAGACACAGAAGAGUUAAAUCAUCUUUUGAGGACAAUGAGUCAACAACAGAGGACUCUGACAGUGAUAGUGAUGAGGAUUUCAAAAGCUCAAAAAAGCGGAGUGUUCAUGUUCGCAAGAAUAAUGGUCGCUCUUCAGCUACAGGUUUUUCUAUGCGCAACAGUGAGGUUCGCACUUCUAGUAGGACUGUUAGGAAGGUAUCAUAUGUGGAAAGUGAAGAAAGUGAAGAAGUUGAUGAAGGGAAAAAGAAAAAGUCCCAAAAGGAAGAAAUUGAUGAGGAUGAUGGUGACUCCAUUGAAAAGGUGCUAUGGCAUCAACCAAAGGGCACAGCUGAAGAUGCUGAAAGGAAUAAUAGAUCAACAGAUCCUGUGUUAAUGAGUCACUUGUUUGACUCUGAAAUUGAUUGGAAUGAGAUGGAAUUUUUGAUAAAAUGGAAAGGGCAGUCACAUUUGCAUUGUCAGUGGAAGUCUUUUGCCGAGCUGCAAAAUCUCAGUGGUUUUAAGAAGGUUUUGAAUUAUACAAAGAAAAUAAUGGAAGACAUGAGAUACAGGAGGAAAAUCUCAAGAGAGGAGAUUGAGGUCAAUGAUGUUAGUAAGGAGAUGGAUUUAGAUAUUAUCAAACAGAACAGUCAGGUGGAAAGGAUAAUUGCAGAUAGGAUCACUAAAGAUAACUCUGGCAAUGUUAUUCCAGAAUACUUGGUCAAGUGGCAAGGACUAUCUUAUGCUGAAGCGACUUGGGAAAAGGACAUUGAUAUUGCUUUUGCUCAACAUGCUAUUGACGAGUAUAAGGCUCGUGAGGCUGCUAUGGCAGUUCAAGGAAAGAUGGUAGAUUCUCAGCGAAAGAAGAGUAAAGCAAGUUUGCGGAAGCUUGAGGAACAACCUGAAUGGUUGAAGGGUGGAAAGCUACGUGAUUAUCAACUUGAGGGUCUGAAUUUUCUUGUCAACAGUUGGAGAAAUGAUACAAAUGUCAUUUUAGCUGAUGAAAUGGGCCUUGGAAAAACUGUUCAGUCUGUAUCAAUGCUUGGUUUUCUACAGAAUGGUCAGCAAAUCCAUGGUCCCUUUCUUGUAGUUGUUCCACUGUCCACUUUAUCAAAUUGGGCCAAAGAAUUCAGGAAGUGGCUUCCUGAUAUGAAUAUUAUCAUAUAUGUUGGUACACGUGCAAGUCGAGAGAUUGCAGAUAUAAAGGAAGAAGGUGGACAUGUAGGUUGGGAGGUUAGGGCAGAGGUGAAGUUUGUGGUUGCAUUGCGUGGGGAAGGAGCCUUGUCAAAAGUUGAAGCUCAAUUAUCCCAUACUAAUUUAGCUGUAAGGACCAAGGUUUGUCAACAAUAUGAAUUUCAUAAUGAUAAAAGACCCGGGAAGCCAAUAAAAUUCAAUGCACUUUUGACAACAUAUGAAGUAGUUUUGAAGGAUAAGGCUGUUUUGUCCAAGAUCAAAUGGAGUUAUCUUAUGGUGGAUGAGGCUCAUAGGCUAAAAAACAGUGAGGCACAGUUGUAUACAACACUUUCAGAAUUUAGCACCAAGAACAAGUUGCUUAUCACUGGUACUCCUCUACAGAACAGUGUGGAAGAACUAUGGGCUUUGCUUCAUUUUCUUGAUCCUGACAAGUUCAGGAGCAAGGACGAAUUUGUUCAAAACUAUAAGAAUCUGAGUUCUUUUAAUGAAAAUGAGCUUGCAAAUCUUCACAUGGAAUUGAGACCUCACAUACUUCGAAGAGUUAUCAAAGAUGUGGAGAAAUCAUUACCCCCGAAAAUUGAGCGUAUCCUUCGGGUUUCUCUUCUUAAUAUUGUGGUGGAAUUAAAGAAGUGCUGCAACCAUCCCUUCCUGUUUGAAAGUGCUGACCAUGGCUAUGGUGGGGACUCAGGAAGUAAUGAUAACAGUAAGCUAGAGAGAAUCGUUUUUAGCAGUGGAAAGCUCGUCAUACUUGAUAAGCUGCUUGUUAGAUUGCAUGAAACCAAGCAUCGUGUUUUGAUCUUCUCUCAGAUGGUUAGGAUGUUGGAUAUACUGGGAGAAUAUAUGUCGCUCCGAGGAUUUCAAUUUCAGAGGCUUGAUGGCAGUACAAAAGCAGAGUUACGACAACAGGCAAUGGAUCAUUUCAAUGCGCCUGGUAGUGAUGAUUUUUGCUUCCUUCUUUCAACACGAGCAGGAGGUUUGGGUAUCAACCUCGCCACAGCAGACACAGUUAUAAUAUUUGAUUCUGAUUGGAAUCCCCAAAAUGACCUGCAGGCAAUGAGUAGAGCUCAUAGAAUUGGGCAACAAGAAGUUGUUAACAUUUAUAGAUUUGUGACAAGCAAAAGUGUCGAGGAAGAUAUUCUGGAGCGUGCUAAGAAAAAAAUGGUUCUGGACCACUUGGUUAUUCAAAAACUAAAUGCAGAGGGUAGACUGGAGAAGAAAGAAGCGAAGAAAGGAGGCAGUUAUUUUGACAAAAAUGAGCUGUCUGCAAUCCUACGAUUUGGAGCUGAGGAGCUUUUUAAAGAAGAAAGAAAUGAUGAAGAAAGCAAGAAACGACUCCUAAGUAUGGAUAUAGAUGAAAUUCUUGAAAGAGCAGAGAAGGUUGAAGAGAAGGAAGCUGAUGGGGAACAGGGAAAUGAGUUAUUGAGUGCCUUUAAGGUUGCCAACUUUUGCAACGAUGAAGAUGAUGGGAGUUUCUGGAGCCGUUGGAUAAAGCCAGAUUCUGUUUUCCAAGCAGAGGAAGCUCUUGCUCCUCGAUCUGCUAGAAAUAUUAAAAGCUAUGCAGAGGUUGAUCCAGCGGAAAGAACUAAUAAAAGAAAAAAGAAGGAUCCUGAACCACCUGAACGAGUUCAGAAACGCCGCAAAGCAGAGUUUUCUGCUCCUGCAGUACCAAUGAUUGAAGGAGCAUGUGUUCAAGUGAGAAAUUGGUCAUAUGGGAAUUUAUCUAAAAGAGACGCACUUCGUUUUUCUCGUUCAGUUAUGAAAUAUGGGAAUGAGAGCCAAAUUGACUUAAUUGUUGCCGAGGUGGGUGGUGCAGUUGGUGCAGCUCCACCUGGAGCACAAAUUGAACUUUUCAAUGCUCUUAUUGAUGGAUGUACAGAAGCAGUGGAACUUGGAAAUGUAGAUGUGAAGGGGCCUUUGUUGGAUUUUUUUGGUGUCCCUGUGAAGGCAAAUGAUCUACUUACCCGGGUCCAACAACUUCAACUUUUGGCCAAGCGCAUUGAUCGAUAUGAAGAUCCUAUUGCACAGUUUCGUGUUCUGUCAUAUCUCAAACCAUCAAACUGGUCCAAAGGUUGUGGAUGGAAUCAAAUUGAUGAUGCUAGAUUGCUUCUUGGAAUAUUUUUCCAUGGGUUUGGUAAUUGGGAAAAGAUAAGAUUAGAUGAAAGACUUGGCCUCACGAAAAAAAUUGCACCUGUAGAACUUCAACACCAUGAAACUUUCUUACCACGAGCUCCAAAUUUGAAAGACCGUGCUAAUGCCCUUUUGGAGCAAGAACUUGCGGUUCUUGGUGUGAAAAAUGCCAAUAGCAAGGUCGGACGGAAGGCUUCAAAGAAAGAGAGAGAAAAUUUGAUCUCACUGGGACGUGGGCAGGAGAAAAAGAAAAAAUCGGGUUCUGUUAACGUCCAAACGAGAAAGGAUAGAUUUCAAAAACCCCAGAAGGUUGAAUCUAUAGUAAAGGAAGAGGGUGAAAUGUCUGACAAUGAGGAAGUAUAUGAGCAGUUCAAAGAGGUAAAAUGGAUGGAAUGGUGUCAAGAUGUGAUGGUUGAAGAAAUGAAAACUUUGAAACGUCUUCAUAGGUUGCAGCAAACUAGUGCCAAUCUUCCCAAGGAAAAGGUGCUUUCAAAAAUACGUAACUAUUUACAACUUCUUGGGCGAAGGAUAGAUGAAAUUGUGUUAGAGCAUGAGGAGGAACCCUAUAAGCAAUAUAGAAUGACUGUGCGGCUGUGGAAAUAUGUCUCCACCUUUUCCCAUCUCUCUGGGGAAAGGCUUCAUCAAAUAUAUUCCAAACUUAGACAGGAGCAAGAUGAGGCAGGGGUUGGCCCCUCUCACGUGAAUGGGUCGGCAUCUGUUUCAUUUACCAGAAAUGGAAACCCGUUCCGUCGCCCUAUGGAGAGGCAAAGAGGAUUAAAGAAUAUGAAUACCUACCAAAUGCCAGAAACAGUUGAUAAUGGUGGGAAAUCUGAGGCAUGGAAACGAAGAAGAAGAUCUGAAAGUGAUAAUCAAUUCCAGGGUCAGGUGCCACCUCAAAGGACCGCAAGUAAUGGACUCCGGAUUACUGAUCCUAACUCACUCGGGAUCUUAGGUGCUGGGCCAUCGGACAAACGCUUUGCUAACGAGAAACCUUUUAGGACACAACCUGGUGGGUUUCCUUCAAGACAAGGCUUCUCCUCAGGUAUAAAGUAA